UAAAAAGUGUUGUCUUGAAUAUCAUAAAAUGGUGAGCACAGUCUGAUAAGGCACCAGUUUUAAAGUGACGUUCAAAGUAGGAGGUAUAAGUGAGUACCAGAAAUAUAAAAAUCAUGCCUGGAUACAAAUGGGUCAGAUACACAGGAGCACGUUACUGUGUGCCAGGAAUGGUCUCAGUUGGUAGGGAUCUCGAUGGUUCUAACAUAGUCGUAGGACGUGCCAUGUUCCAAAAUGAUGUCAUCCCUGCGAAGGUCAAACCGGAACAUGGUGUCGCUUAUGUUUGUCAUGGGGGAAGGGAACACUUGAUGCAUGAUUUUGAGGUGCUAAUGCCAGCUGAUUUUCAUUGGAUUCAUUCUCAUAAUGGAUUCAUACCACAUGGAGCAGUGGAAUCUGGUAGGACAUCAAAUGGAGAGACUCUUUAUACUGGACGAGUUUAUCAUAACGGAGUUCUUACUGCCGGAAAGGUACAUCCUAGUCACAAGGUUCUCUACAUCCCAUUCGAUGGAAAAGAAAUUCCUUACAGAGAAUAUGAAAUUCUUGUACAGAGUUGAAUUUCUUUAAUAAAAAUGUUAGAAAAAUAAUUAUAAAAAAAUUGACUGUAUUAUAAUACAUAUGUAUAAAUAUAAUAUAAAUAAAUUAAAAUUAAAAAUUA